CGUCUCCUGGGCCCCGCUCUGAUCUCAGCCGGCUCUCGGCCGAGCGCCGCGGCUCCACUUCCGCCCCCCAGCCCGGGCUCCCGCGCUCGCCGGAAGCGGCCGGUUGCCAUGGUGACUGUGUACACAGCCGGGCUGCGGGGCGCGCCGCCAGGGCUGAUGCUUCGGCCGCGAUGAUGACCACUGAACAUUUUGCUGCUCUCUCCUUUGUAGCCAGAAUGGGCACUAGGAAAAAAGUCCACGCCUUUGUCCGUGUCAAGCCCACCGAUAACUUUCCCCAUGAGAUGAUCAGAUAUGGAGAUGACAAUAAGAGCAUUGACAUUCUCUUAAAAAAAGAUACUCGGAGAGGAGUUGUCAAUAACCAGCAGACAGACUGGUCCUUCAAGCUGGAUGGAGUUCUCCAUGAUGCGUCUCAGGACUUAGUGUACGAGACGGUCGCAAAGGAUGUGGUUUCUCAGGCCCUCGAUGGCUACAAUGGCACCAUCAUGUGUUAUGGGCAGACGGGAGCUGGCAAGACAUACACCAUGACGGGGGCCACUGAGAAUUACAAGCACCGGGGGAUCCUCCCUCGUGCCCUGCAGCAGGUGUUUAGGAUGAUUGAAGAACGCACCACGCAUGCCAUCACCGUGCGCGUUUCCUACCUGGAAAUCUACAACGAAAGCCUGUUUGACCUGCUGUCCACUCUGCCCUAUGUUGGACCCUCAGCCACACCAAUGACCAUCGUUGAAAACCCUCAAGGGGUCUUCAUUAAGGGUUUGUCAGUCCACCUCACGAGUCAGGAGGAAGACGCGUUCAGUCUGCUUUUUGAGGGAGAGACCAACAGGGUUAUUGCCUCCCACACAAUGAACAAAAACUCCUCCAGGUCACACUGCAUUUUCACCAUCUACGUGGAGUCCCACUCUCGAACCUUGUCGGACGAGAAGUACAUCACUUCCAAAAUCAACCUGGUGGAUCUAGCCGGCUCCGAAAGGCUUGGGAAGACUGGGUCUGAGGGCCGAGUCCUGAAGGAAGCCACCUACAUCAACAAGUCUCUGUCGUUCUUGGAGCAGGCCAUCAUUGCCCUGGGAGACCAGAAGAGGGACCACAUCCCCUUCAGGCAGUGCAAGCUCACCCACGCCCUGAAGGACUCGUUAGGGGGAAAUUGCAAUAUGGUCCUUGUGACUAACAUCUAUGGAGAAGCUGCUCAGUUAGAAGAAACGCUGUCGUCACUGCGGUUUGCCAGCAGGAUGAAGUUGGUCACAACCGAGCCUGCUAUCAAUGAGAAGUAUGAUGCUGAGCGAAUGGUCAAGAAUCUGGAGAAGGAGCUGGCGCUGCUCAAGCAGGAGCUCGCCAUCCACGACAGCCUGGCCAACCGAACCCUGGUGAACUAUGACCCUAUGGAUGAAGUCCAGAUUGCAGAAAUCAACUCCCAGGUGCGGAGAUACCUGGAGGGGACUCUGGACGAGAUCGACAUAAUCAACCUCAGGCAGAUCCAAGAAGUGUUUAACCAGUUCCGGGUGGUUCUGAGCCAACAGGAACAGGAAAUAGAGUCUGCACUGCGCAGAAAGUACACCCUUAUAGACAAGAAUGAUUUUGCUGCCAUUUCUGCUGUCCAGAAGGCAGGGCUUGCAGAUGUUAAUGGACACCUGGUGGGUGAGCCUGAUGGACAGGGCUUUGGCCUGGGGGUCAUCCCUUUCUCGUUCAAACCUGGAAAGAAAAUCAAGUCCAAGAAGACAUUCAAAGAUCAGCUCAGCAUCCCGGUAAGAAAGGAAGGUGCCAGCAGCCCUCUGAGUACCAAGGAGUUGGAUAUCUCCCCCUCCAAGACUCAGCUCAUCCUGCCCCCCAGGGAUGGGGAUGUCAAAGACAUGAGGGACCGGGAGACCUCCAGCACUGAGCCCUUUCCCUCAGACUCUCCGAAAGAGGAGUUGCGUCCGCCCAGGCCCAGCACCCCACCCUCCAAGCCUGUGGCCUUUGAAGACUUUAAGAAUGAGCGAGGUAGUGAGAUCAACCGCAUUUUCAAAGAAAACAAAUCCAUCUUGAAUGAACGGAGAAAAAGGGCAAGUGAGACCACACAGCGCAUCAACGCUAUCAAGCAAGAGAUCGACACAACCAAGGAGGCGCUAAACGUCCAGAAGGCCCUGCGGGAGAAGCAAGGUGAAUAUGAGAACAAGGGGCUGAUGAUCAUCGAUGAGGAGGAAUUCCUGCUGAUACUGAAGCUCAAAGACCUCAAGAAGCAGUACCGUGCCGAGUACCAGGACCUGCGCGACCUCAGGGCUGAGAUCCAGUACUGCCAGCAUCUGGUCGACCAGUGUCGCCACCGCCUGCUCACGGAGUUUGACAUCUGGUAUAAUGAGUCCUUCUUCAUCCCGGAGGACUUGCAGGUGGCACUUAAGUCAGGUUGCAGCAUCCGGCCGGGUAUGGUGCCUAUUAACAGGGUUGUGUCUCUGGGCGAAGAUGACCAGGACAAAUUCAGCCAGCUACAGCAGACGAUGCUGCCUGAGGGGCCCGAGUCUGUCUCCUUCUACAAUGCCAAAGUGAAGACAGAGCAAAAGCACAACUACUUGAAAGCCAUUACAGGUCUCCAGCAAGUGAAUAAAAAAUAGUGAGCGAUCACCGGUACCCUGAAGCACUCCCAGAAGUCCUGGCUGCCGUAAUGGAGCUGCUAAGCCACCGCCCAGGCUUCAGUGACUUGGCUUCAGAGAUGGGGCCCAGCCCAGAGAACACACGGUGGCUGCCUGCUGGGAGAAGCAACCUUUCAAGCAGAUUUCUGUUCAUCUUCACAGAACGUUUUGGUUGUAGUUCACUGAUGCAUGGAGACACGAUAAAUUAACUCUCUAGUUGGAA